AUGCCAAUCUCCCGCCUCAUCCGCUUCAUUCCCCGCGCCCUCUCCUCCACCUCUUCUUCUUCUUCCGCCCUCCCAAGUCUCGCUCGCGCAGCACCACUAAUCGGCGAGCCCGUCGACCCAGAGCUCGAUGUCGGCCUCGCGACGUACUCGAACCAGGACGUAGAGGUUGAUGUCUACUCUGGAACGUCCGUCCUCGCACCUGGGAGUAAGACGGGGAAGCGGGAGAUGGUCGGGCGUCUACUGAGCCCUUUGGCCAGGGAGGAAGUAGGAACAAUACGGUGUAUUGGCCUGAAUUAUCACCGCCACGCGUCAGAAAUGGACAUGUCCCCUCCUCCCCUCCCUACCCUCUUCCUCAAGCCCUCGACAGCGCUAGGCGACCCAUACCCCGCCCCCACGAUCCUUCCCAAGGCGUUCGAGCAGGACAACGCGGCGGACUACGAGGCCGAACUGGUUGUCGUCAUAGGGAAGGACUGUAAGAAUGUGGGGGAAGAAGAAGCUAUGGACUAUGUACUGGGAUACACAGCUGCUAAUGACGUCUCGUCCCGCCUAGCCCAGUUCGCCCAGUCGCAAUGGUGCUUCUCGAAAGGGUUUGAUGGGGCUUGUCCGCUCGGUCCGGCUUUGGUCAUGCGGGAUCAAGUGGAGUUGGGGAAGAUGGAGAUUAGGGCAGAGUUGAAUGGGGAGACGGUACAGGAGAGCGGAAUAAAUGAUCUAAUCUUUGGCGUGCCCAAGAUCGUCUCGUUCCUCUCUCAAGGCACCACACUGCCAGCUGGAACCAUAAUAUUGACUGGCACACCCGCCGGUGUAGGCUGGAGCAGCAAGCCCCGGAAAACGCUGCAGGACGGGGAUGAGUAUAGGGUGUGGGUGUCGGGCGGGGUGGGGACAUUGAUCAAUAAGAUAGAGCAGGAGGUUUAG